AAGCUGCAAUAUAUUCCCCUCUCAGCCAGUAUUAGGUUUAGUUUCUCUUCGAAGACUACAUCUAUAAACAUGUCUGGACGUGGUAAAGGAGCAGGCAAAGCUAGAGCUAAGGCCAAGAGCCGAUCUUCCAGGGCCGGGCUCCAGUUCCCCGUGGGUCGUGUGCAUAGACUGCUGAGGAAGGGUAACUAUGCUGAGCGCGUUGGCGCUGGAGCCCCCGUGUAUCUGGCCGCGGUGCUCGAGUAUCUGACCGCUGAGAUCCUGGAGUUGGCCGGCAACGCCGCCAGGGACAACAAAAAGACCCGUAUCAUUCCCCGCCACCUGCAGCUGGCUGUCCGCAACGACGAAGAGCUGAACAAAUUGCUGGGAGGAGUUACCAUCGCCCAGGGUGGUGUGCUGCCCAAUAUCCAGGCUGUGCUCCUGCCCAAAAAGACCGAGAAGGCAAACGUACGAGGGUGCGUUAAAUUAAAAGUAACGAUGUCUGGACGUGGUAAAGGUGCAGGCAAAGCCAGGGCUAAGGCUAAGAGCAGGUCCUCCAGGGCGGGGCUGCAGUUCCCCGUGGGCCGUGUGCACAGGCUGCUCAGGAAGGGCAACUACGCCGAGCGUGUUGGCGCCGGAGCCCCCGUGUACCUGGCCGCGGUGCUCGAGUAUCUGACCGCUGAAAUCCUGGAGUUGGCCGGCAACGCCGCCAGGGACAACAAGAAGACCCGUAUCAUCCCCCGCCACCUGCAGCUCGCUGUCCGCAACGACGAGGAGCUGAACAAACUGCUCGGAGGAGUUACCAUCGCCCAGGGUGGUGUGCUGCCCAAUAUCCAGGCCGUGCUCCUGCCCAAGAAGACCGAGAAGGCCAAGUAAACUGUCUCACCGAACC